AUGGUGGCGCUGUCAGACCCAGGUUCGGAACAAGCACAGUAUGCAAAAAUAGGAGUGUCGAAUUCAAUAUCACUUCAGAGAAUUCUCGCAGUAUCAUCUGUGGUUCCAUUACAGACAGUGAAGGUUUUGGAGGAGCUUUUCCGGCUCAUAUUUAAAAGAGAAAUGGAGGCAAUGCUUGACGGCCCCCCAUUAAAUUUGGAUACUGGCAAAGUCACUUCCAACUCUCCGCAGCAUGAACGAAAAAUCCAUGGCCUGGCUCUUCAGCCCGAGCAAUAUCAGGCGCCAGUACGAGCUUCACAAACCGUUGUGGUGGAUCCUUUGCAAAGUUCCCGUGACUUUGGAGAGAUAGAACCGCAAGUGACGGAAAUGAGGCCCAGAAAAGCUUGA